GCCUCGAGCGCAAUAACAGCUCACAAAGAUGUCCUACGACUACCGCAAAACAACGACAACGACGCGGAAUCGUGGACGUCCUCUAUACGCCCCUCCACCUCCACCUGGCGGGCACAGCCGCAGCCAUUCAGUUCUGGGCUACUGGGUGCCUCUCGUGACAAUUGGCACAAUCGCAGUAGGUGGGCUUGCAGCGUGGAUCUGGAGUGAACGAAGCGGCCAUGACGAAGAUGACUACCCAUACGACAAGCCUCCGCGACCCCAGACCGGAGUAGGCGCACCAUAUCCCACCCAAGGCUCGCAACCAUACCCUGGACCACCCCAGCCUGCGCCUGGACAGCCGGGAUUCGUGCCUCUUCAAGAAGGAGGUCCUCCGCCUCCAGCAGGCGCAGAUGGAUCUACGGGCGGAAGCUGGGCUGCUGGCGGCGCAGCGAGCACGUAUUUCAAUGCCAGCUCGACACAAACGAGAGACGUCUCCGAGCAAGGUUUCUUCGGCAGAAUGCAGGGCGCAAUGCGAAGGACGCCCAGUCCACAGCAGUUUUUUGACAAUGCCAGUAAGCAAGUCAUGGGCGGCAUGGCCGCAGCUGGCGCCGCGCUGAGCAGUAUCAUUGAGAAUCCCGAUUCGCGAGACCACAGUCAGGAUGGCAGGAGACGAGAUGAAAGAGAUGGAUUUAGUGACCACGAACGCUGGAGCGAAGAGGCUGAAGAAAGGCAGCGCAUAAACAUUACUGAGAGUGCGGGCGGCAAGCGCAGCUCGAGCAAGGGCAAGAGCAGGUCGAAACGGACUGUGGCGGUCGUUCUGAGCGCCGAUGUUGAUACAUCGGCUGCUGAUGAUGAUGCAUUCCAUACAGAGCAUGGCUCCAUCUUGUCACAUCUCCCAUCAGCUCUUAACUCUGAGGUGACGGAUCUGUUCGUCCUCAUAUAUGCGCCGAACCUCAAGAAUCUGCCCAAGCCGGAACAGGCUACAUCCACUCUCGGCUCCAGCUACUCCGCAAUUUCGACUCCUGCCCAGACCCCAGCUUCCGAAUUGCCGUCCAUGUCUCCACGCGUAGAGCCGGCAAAUCCAACGUUUGACGCACUAUACAACCAGGCACUGUCGCUGGUUAAUCAUCCGACACAGAUAAUGCCUUUCACCACUCCUGCUGGAUAUGUCUCAAUGCUCAAGCAUCUGUCACCACAGCUUGUGUACAUCUCGGACACUUUGUCCGGCCACGAUGGCGAGACUGUGGCUCAGCUGAAAGGCUGGGUAGGCCACACCGUUCUUGUCGUAGGUGACGAAGGACAUGGAGGCCUUGCAGACACCGAGACCGAGACUGAGGAUGAGAGCCGAAGACAGAAGAAGAGUGAGAAGAGCUGGUGGGAGAGAUCAAGCUUUGUCGGUUUGGGUAAAGAGGUGGAUGUUGUUGACGCCACCCGCGUUGCUGAUGACUGGGCACGACGGGUUAAUGGAAGAGAGUAAGCUUAUGAGCUUGAGAGCAGGAAACAUGUGCAUAGCCCGCGAAGAUCGCGUUUGAUAUCCCAGUACGAAAUGAUGAUGUUGUUAUGCAG